GAGCUACCCUGUGAGCUACCCUGUGAGCUACCCUGUGAGCUACCCUGUGAGCUACCCUGUGAGCUACCCUGUGAGCUACCCUGUGAGCUACCCUGUGAGCUACCCUGUGAGCUACCCUGUGAGUUACAGAUACAGAGCUCUGAGAAGACUAUCGUUUUUAAAAGAGUCAGAAUGAACUUGAUAGAUGAUAGUGAGACUGAGCAUAAAUUCAACAAAGAUCAAGAGAUGGUGUCUGAAAAAUCUCUAGUGAAAAAGUUUGCCUCACUGGAUGAAGCAAUGUAUGCUAUAAAUGUAUUUGAAGAAAGUAGUAAGACCAACUUUAUUGUUAUUGAGAAGAAAAAUUUUGGUAAUAAAGAUUUUUGGCCAUGCAUUCCCAUUACAGAGUUCACUGGUGUCCCACAUGUAAUUGUUGGAGGAAAGGUUUUUAAUUGCCAUCUAGGAAAAGAUAUGUCCUUGACCAAAAAGAGAAAAUAUGUGGAGCAAAGAGACAAGAAUCAGGGGGAAGACCAUGUCUUCAUAAAAAGAAGACAAUGUCUGCAAAACACCAAAAAAAUGGACUGUCCAGCUAAGAUCUUUGUGUAUCAUUUAAUUAGUUUUCCUGGGUUCCAGCUGGAAAAAGACAGUACAAGAAACAGAAAAGUAACCGCGCAAACACUUAAAAAUAGUUUUGAGCAAAAUAUUGACAAGGAUAAAGGUAUCCACAGUUACAUGAUAAAAUUUCCAAAAUUAAGUGACCAUAAGAACCAUGCUACAUCAGGCGAAUUGGCAAACAUCAGAGAAAAAGUUGACCCGAGAGUAAAUAAAAUCGUGGAACUGUACCGAAGUGGUGUCAGGAAAGCAAGUGAAAUUAAGAGACACACUGACACAUAUGUUCGUCAUGAGCUCUUUCCUGGUGGUGAUCUUCCUGAAGACUCGAGAAGAAGGUUCUAUCCAACACAGAAAGAUAUUUCAAAUCUUAUGUCUAAAGAUAGAUAUGAAGGAAAGAAUUCCGUGCUUGACCAGCAAAAUGUUGUUGAUCUUGUAAGCAACUGGCAAUAAGAAAAAACAUCAAAUAUAUUUUUCCGCCCACACACCAUUAAAAUAAAUGGAGAUGGUCAUCAUUUUCUGUUUUGCUAUCAAACAGAAUGGCAGCAAAGGCCGUUACAGAAAUAUGGUAAUGAAAUUACACUGCUAGAUGCAACCUACCGAACAACAAGAUAUGCUCUUCCACUGUUUUUUCUCUGUGUCAGAACAAAUGUUUGUUAUGCUGUGGUUGGAGGUUUUGUGGUGCAACAGGAAACUGCAGCACAUAUAGAGGAGGCCUUGCGGAUGUUUCAUAACUGGAACAAAAAAUGGAAUGCCAAAUAUUUCAUGGUAGAUUUCUGCCUUGAAGAAAUAAAUGCAAUAUCUAAGGUUUUCAAAGACACUGAAAUAAUCUUGUGUGACUUUCAUCGUGAAAAAGCUUGGUCAGAAUGGCUGAAAGACCAUGGUGUUCAAAAUGUAAAAAUGACAUUACAAAUGAUCAGAGAUGUUGCAAAAGCCACAACCAUGGAAAGCCAUACCAAAGCUCUGGGUACUCUAACAAAAAGCCAGGCCUGGAAGAAAAAUUAAACUUUUAGAAAAUGGUUUUCCUGAAAUCAAGAAAUGGGCCCAUGUAUAUAGGAACUCUACUCUGCAUGUUUGGAUAAACACAAACAAUGAUUUAGAACGGCAAAAUGAAAUUCUAAAACAUAACUUUUUGGAUGGAUACAAGAACUGCACAUUAAGUGAAAUGCUAACCGUUCUGCAUUAUAAAUUUUUUCCAAUGCUGUACAAAAAAUAUGUUCAGCUAAAUGUACAAAGUUCCCAGAAUUAUUGGAGAUAUUCAAAAGAAAUACCUAGUUUUCUCAAGAGCCGUCCAAGGGACUUUGUUCUGCACAUAAUGAAAAGAUACUGUAGUACACUGAAUGAAAAAGAUGUAACAGCUGUGGAUGAAAAACAUGGCAUUUUCAAAGUUAAGAGUGAAUCAGGGAAUGCUGAAUACCUGAUUCAUUUAAAUGGACAGGUACCCUCAUGUACAUGUGAAGACUUCACACACUUUUUGUUGCCAUGCAAGCAUAUCUGUUGCAUUUUUCAGUACUUGGGGAUGGGACAGACUUGACCCUUUAUAUACAAACAACCCACUGUUUGUACUUGACUCUGAGUGCUUCUCUGAAAACAUCGAAGUAAUUGAUGCCGAUAGGGAAGAUGCCAGUAUCCAAGAUGCCAGUAGCAGCACCACAGAAUUACCAACUGAAAAGCUUGAAGCUCUUCAACCGCGGAGGAGAAUGAAACGCACCAUUCUAAUAAGGCAUUGUGCACAGGGCAUAAAAAAUCUUUUGGAUUGUGUUUACUUGAUAAAAGAUGAAGUGUACUUGGAAGAUCUAGAGGAAAAAAUCAAAGAAAUGGUAGAAGAGGUCUCUCUACAUAUUCCUCGAGACCAUGGAUUGGCAAUCCUUGAAACUCCACAAAAAAAAAAACUAGACCGCAGGAUUAAUAUCCUGCGGUCUAGUUUUUUUUUUGUGGAGUUUCAAGGAUUGCCAAUCCACUGCCACUGCCUUCGCGAAAAUAUGGCAAACCAAAACAGUUAGGAUUUCAAAGAUUUGGUUCAAAGGCAGAACAUCAAAAAAUGGAAGUUUGGAAAAGUGUGGAGGUUGAAAAUACGGAUAUGUCUGUAGCACCAUGCACUCCUGAAAGCCACAAUGGCACGUGGGUAACAAUUAAUAACAUUAAAUUAAGCUACCAAGACAAAGAUGACAUUGACACUGACAAAUGGAUAGAUGAUAAUACAAUUAAUGCCAGUUUACAUCUUAUCGCUCAAAAUUACCCAUGUAUUGCUAGUCUCAUAGACACACUUAUUCUUGCUACUUCUGCAGUUGAUGCCCUUAGUGGUGCUAACGUUAUUCAGAUACACCACUUGGGAAACCACUGGGUUGUGUCACAGAGCAAUGGAAAAUGUGUGACAAUUUAUGAUUCUUUGAGGUUUACAGGCUUCUCGGAAAUGCUAAAAACACAGAUUCUUAAGCUUUAUGCCCCUUUGUUUGUCGGUGAACAUCAAAUUAUUGAUGUUUUCUUUAAAUGCACACAAAAACAACAUGGACCAAAUGAUUGUGGGCUGUUUGCUGUGGCUAAUGCUGUUGCACUUGCAGAAGGUGUUGAGUUAGCCAACAUAGAGUUUUUUCAAGAAGACAUGAGAGCAGAUUUGAUUAAAUGCCUUGGGACUGGGCAAAUGACAGUGUUUCCUCACAAGCUAUGCAAAGUUUUGAUUAAAAAAAUACAGAUGACAAGGUUUUGCUCCUGUCAUAUAUACAAACCUAAGCAGAACAUGAUUGAAUGCUCAAAGUGCAAACUAUGGUUCCAUUUCCAAUGUGUUAAAAUGCAAAAAGAGGACAAGUGUGUUACUACUAACAAAGAAUUCUACUGUGAUAACUGUGAACAGUAGCAGACUCACCAGCAAUUUUUAUAUUUUUUUUUUAAUACAACUUCAAAAAAAAGUUAACGAUUUGGUCGUAUUAUUAAACCAUUUUGCUCAUUAUUUUUAUCGGUGUAUUGGUUCAGUAUUUUCGAGCUUUAUAAAUAAAUGUUGAUGAUAAUA